AGCUCUUCAGUCACUUCACUUCCACAUUCACAUCAUUCCCUUGUCUGCUAUCUUCUUUUCUUGCUUCUUAAAAUUCAUUUACUCAAAAAAGAAACUCAAAUAAGGAACUCUGAGCGACUUUAAGGACUCUUCCAGUCUUUUCUUAGAAGCAACAACCUUUAGCUAAGGUCGAGGAAGAAGCUCUUCGUGUCAUAUUGUGAAGUUUAAACCUUGAAAGCCGAACUUGGCCACCUCUUGCCCCGUUGAGUGUACCAUAAUGCCGGGAAUUGUGGAUCGUAUGGAGCUGAGGAGGGUCGUCAUGGAGGCGGAUGAUGAUAGCAAUGCAAGCUUGGAUGACCGCUUUACAGAUCCCAUCGAUUCAGAAAAGGCCACCAUUAACAGCCUUAUGGAUGAAAAUGAGGAUGGAGAAAGCCAUAGGUUCCUGUCAAAUGGGAUGAUGAGGAAGAAGAAAUUUGAGGAAUACCAUGAAGAAUAUCAUCCCGGCCACGCUUCCUUCGGCAUGUCAGUCUUCAAUCUGAGUAACGCCAUCAUGGGCAGCGGGAUCCUGGGCCUGUCCUACGCCAUGGCCAACACUGGCAUUGUUCUCUUUACAAUCCUCCUCCUUGCUGUGGCCAUCCUUUCCUUGUACUCUGUGCAUUUGCUCCUCAUGACAGCUAAAGAAGGAGGGUCCCUCAUUUAUGAAAAGCUGGGGGAGAGAGCUUUCGGCUGGCCCGGAAAAAUGGCUGCAUUUAUAUCGAUAAUCAUGCAAAACAUUGGAGCCAUGUCCAGCUACCUCUUUAUAGUGAAGUACGAGCUGCCUGAAGUGAUCAGAGCCUUCUUGCACUUAGAAGAAAACUCUGGCGAAUGGUACUUGAACGGCAACUACCUGGUGGUGUUUGUGUCAGUUGGAAUAAUUCUGCCUCUGUCUCUGCUCAAAAAUCUGGGUUACCUGGGCUACACCAGUGGGUUCUCCCUUUCCUGCAUGGUCUUCUUCCUGGCUGUGGUAAUCUACAAGAAGACCCAGCUCCCUUGCCCUCUUCCUUUCUUUUACGGCCACUCGUCCAACCUCAGCAUGAAUGCUUCAGACAUGCCAGGGAUGUAUGCACUGCACAACAACUCAGUUCAGAUGGACUUUUCACGGUCCGACAUUUCCCCAGCAGUCGCCGGCAGCCACAGUGUGCACGACUCCACUGGAGUUCACUUUGAGCCUCACGCUGAUGACAAGGAAAUGUGCACACCCAAAUACUUUAUCUUCAACUCACAGACUGCGUACACUGUGCCCAUCCUGGCCUUUGCGUUUGUCUGCCAUCCCGAGGUCCUGCCCAUCUACAGUGAGCUGAAAGAUCGCAGCCGGAGAAAAAUGCAGAACGUUUCCAACUUGUCCAUCUUAGCCAUGCUCAUCAUGUACAUGCUGUCGGCACUGUUUGGCUACCUGACCUUUUAUGAUAAUGUGGAGGCUGAGUUACUCCACACCUUCACCAAAGUGUAUAAGUUUGACAACUUGUUGCUGAUGGUGCGUUUGGCUGUCCUGACUGCUGUCACUCUGACUGUUCCCAUUGUGCUUUUUCCUAUCCGCUCCUCCAUCACCACUUUGCUCUUCAGCGGUCGAGAUUUCAGCUGGGUUCGCCACCUGCUGAUUGCUGCCUUCAUCCUGGCCCUCAACAACAUGCUGGUCAUCUUCGUCCCCACCAUCAGGGACAUCUUCGGCUUCAUCGGUGCUUCUGCGGCCACAAUGCUCAUCUUCAUCCUACCUGCUGCCUUUUACAUCCGCCUGGUUAAGUCCAAGCCGUUGCACUCACCGCAGAAGAUCGGGGCAUCUAUCUUCCUGGUCGUGGGAAUUAUCUUUAUGAUUGGCAGCUUGUCACUUAUUGCUCUUGACUGGAUCCACAACCCACCAGGUUCUGGAAGUGAGCAUUAAACCCCUGUUCUUCUUCUUUUGGAAGAGUAGCUACCAGCCUCAACCCGCCAACCCGUGUGUUCUCUGACCUUUUUGUUUUUACAUCACUCGAUUCAUGCAUUGAAUGAAUCAUAAAAUCUCCACGUAUGUGUUGCACAUACUCAGAACAUUAUAUGCAUUUUGAAAUGUAACAACUCGAACAAUCGAAUCAGAAGGAAUAACAGCCUCUGGUUAUAUCAUCAUCCUUAAUUCCAGCUGUGAAGAGACUGAGGACAACACAGUCUGCAGCCCUCACCUGCGGCAGGUCUGGGAACUGUGGCUGGAUUGCAGGGCUGGAAAGAGGACAUCAUCUCCCAACUGUCUUCUGAACUUUAAAAAGAUAUCUGAAGGUGGAGUGUGUCAUCAUCCAUGAAAAACAAGCACUUCUAGCAUUAUUUUUCAGAUUGUAUGUAGAUUUAUAGAUGCAUUUAGACAUAUAUUUGGGUUUUUAAGCUAAUAUUAAUGAAAAAUACUUAAAGAAAAAAGAAUCUAGCAGCUAACAGGUCAAUCAGUAAGUUUUCUCUCUGUUUAAUUUGCUGUUCAACAUGGUAACAAUCAGAAACUUUGCCAAAGUCUGAAUGCACAUACAUUUUGUAGCUGCGUUGAUGCUAGAGCUUCCCAGCACCACAAUCUCAAGGAUUGUCCUUGCCUGCUGUUUUCAUCCUGUCUGUGCUCAUGAAGCAGAGCGGUGCUUUCAGUAUUACUGUCACAGAGGGAUCUGAACAUGCAGGGUAUGAAUGUACAUAAUCAAGUGUUUCUACUGAAAAAAGGUAGUGUUGUACAUAAUAUCAUAGUUGGUCUAUUAAGGCUCUGUGUCAUUCAGGUUAUAUGAAGAUGGACGGUCAUUUAAAGCUGUACACAUGCUGGAUUUUAUUUAUUUUCAGGCACUUAAUAUAGGGCUAAACAGCUAGUUUGGAAUCAUCUUACUUAUAGUUUUAGUUAGCAAAACAUGACUCUAAAACCUUGUUUUGCUUAAUUAAAUACAACUGGAUUAUUUUAAAAACAGUCAAAACGUUUAGAAGUUAUUUUAAUGACGUUUUUAUACAUUUUCAACAUGAUUUUGUACUAUCCAACUCAAAUACUUUGCAGUGUGUUAAAUAACUUUAUUAUAUGAAAUUUUCUCACGUGCAAAUGCCACAUAUAGAGCUAACGCUACAGCUUUUCAUACCUUGGUAUAAAAAGAUAAAAAGCCUGGAAAUUUGUUGGGAAUCUCAACAACAAUGCCACAGUUUUGUUGUACAAACAAGUUUACUCAUUACCACCAGCUAAAAUUUCCCAUUACAUGUGAUCACUGAUUUCACAGAGCCAAUUAUUUUACUUUAAAAACAGGAGUUGCAUAAACGCUACUAGCAUACAUUGGUGCAGUGGUUCCCAAACUUUUUCUGCAAGGCCCCAUUUUCAUCAACAAAAUUAAUAUCAAGCCCCUGAAAUCCCACAAUCACAUGCACGGCAAUGCUUACAAAGAAAUGUGCCACGAAAUAGUCUUUAGUUUAUUGGCUGUUACCACAUUAAUUAUAGUUAAAACCAUAUUAGUAGCAUAGGGAACGAUUAAUUCUUCUACUGCAGUGUGAGGCGUUUAGUGAGUGUGGUAGUUCAGUUGUCUGUUGUUAAUUCAGCAUCAUUUGCUUGUUGGUACUUUUACAGAUUUAAGCAUUAUUUUAUAGCAGGUUUUAUUUAACCUAGCUGCGUCCGCCCGGUAUAACUCUGGGCCCCCAGUUUGGGAACUACUGCAUUAGUGAAAGAUGAGUCAGUUUAAUUUAAUUGUUUUCCCAGAAUUUAAAAGUCCUAGAAACUGACUUUCAUGUAGGCCAAAAACUUUAAUAUUAUUGCACGGCACAAUAUAAUUUAAAUAUUUUCUCAGCCUAGCUAAGCUUGUUUCAUAUUAGCAUGUUAGCAUGAAUGGGAAUGCUAAUCUCAUGUCAAUUCAUUUUAUCAUUUAAAUGAUUCAUUUAAAGAGCAGUGGCUUGAAAAAAAUGGCAGACAGAUCAUUUCAGAGGACUUACUGUAAGGAAUUUCAAAAUCAUCCACAUUUAAACAUGUUUCAAUGCCUAUUGUCUAAAUUUUGAAUAGGAUAAAUGGGAUAAAAUGAAAACAAUUACAUGUUUUAAAUUGUGCCUUUUGGAUUCUUCAUUUUCAUCACGUUUGGCCUUUAAUCCGGGUGCCUUUUGUAGUAUAUUUGAUGACAGCAGAACCUCAGAUUUGACUUGUUUCACAUCUAUCUGUGUGCCGUUGCAUGCUAUGAAUACAUCCAGCCAAAGUGGACAACAUUAUAGAUCCUUUGUGGAUUUAAGUACGUGAAACAGAUAUUUCAAAUGAAAUAACGUAUUAUGUGCAUGUCUCUGGACUACAAACAUGGUCUUUUUGGACAAUUGUAUAUGCUCUGUAAAUAAUCUUUGUUUAUGGUACACUGAGACUCAUCGCCUCUGAGUGGGUUGUUUGGAGAUUGUACGCUAGACGUCUUCUACGAUCCAGUGUUUGUUUUAGUAUAUAUAUUAUAUAUAAAUAUGUAUGUGUAUUAGAUCUUUUCCCUCUUUUGCUGUAUGACAGUAGUUUGUUUUUUUCUUCUUCAUUUGAUGCUUGUAUAUUUGUAGAAAAAUCGUUCCCUGUACAUCUAUUUUCUUGUUGUAAUAUGAACUUCUCAUAUCAUGGUGCAUUUAAUCAAGAGCCAACUUCUCAACACGCUUUUCCACAAGUGUCAGAAAUAAGACAGUUAAAUUUCUGACACUUACUGGCUCCUCUUUUAUAUAAACUGGGUUGAAAUUAAGCUAUGAAUAAGCUGGAGAGCAUCCAAAUUCAACUUUCACAUCAUAAUUAAGAGAAAAAGUGCAUGAAGACCUUAUUUGUAAACCAUUUCUACAGUUAUAAACAGCUGUAGUUGGUGUCUUGCAGUGACCUGUUGUGUAUCAGUGCUGUAAUAGAAACAUCUUUUAAAACCCAGUUUUGUUGAGGUUUUCUUUGCAUGAUACUUGAAUUAAAGCUGAUUGCUGUCCAUUAAAGUCAGCAGGCUUCACGAUUGAAGGGUACUCACGAUGAAUGUUCGAUGAUGAUCUCAGUUUCAUUCUCUAAAUUUAUUUAACAAAUGUUAGGCUGUGACUUUAUUAAUCUGGUUUAGUCUUGGUUUCAUCUUUCUAAAAGAGAAAAGGUCACCUUACGACGAAAGGUGGAUACUUUCCACACUACACACUGACUCACUGAGUUUCUCAGGUAUUUGGUCUGGAUGCGUCUGUCCCACAGUUUUGGAUAACUUCAUAUCUCUUUCUUGUGCAUAAUUGAGCCAGGCUGCCACAUACUGACGUGUAUUGAGGUGCAGACGAGAAGCCUUCUUGUGGAUUUGUAAAGCGGACAAAUACUCACCUAAGGCCGACCG